GUUGGGUAAGUCCCGACAGCGUUCCACAACCUCAAUCCUGAAUUUCCAAUAAACACUGGAGCCAAAGCAUGCUAUCAUCAGGUCGGAAUGUCGGCGCCACCGUCCAGACGUGUAUAAACACUGUCGGCCUGCCGAUGUGACCAGCGCUCCAGCUUACCGCGCUGAUCGCCAGUCGACCCGAGCUCCUCCGUAGACCACCAUGCUGGCGCUGGUGCUCCUGUUGGCGUGUGCGCUGAGCCAGGUCAGCUCGGAGCCUCCCACCACGGCACCCCCGGCCGCCGUCACUGCAGUGCUCGAGUCGGGGUCGGAGUCGCGAGUGCUUCAGCCGGAGGUGUCCGGCACCGGGGGACCCGCCGAAGACCCGGCUACCGCCGAUGGACGUUCUGAAGAGCCGACUUCUACCGAGAGAUCCUCCAAAGAAGCUGUUACCACCGAGGCACCCUCAAAAGAAGCGGUUACCACUCAGGGCCCUUCUGAAGAGCCGGUUACCGCCGAGGUACCUUCUGAAGAGCCGGUUACCUCCGAAGGACCCUCCGAAGAACUGGCUACCUCCGAGGGACCCUCCGAAGAGCCGGACCCGCCUGAGGAGCAGGAUGUGUCGCUGGAUCAGGUGAUAUCCGCAUUAGAUGGGUUUUACCGAUCAGCAGGCCGCGCCGCCACGGCCGGGCCGCUGGCCGAGCUGGCCAAAUCGCUGGCGGAACUCCAGACAGGGUUAUCGGCCGUCUCUAGCCGUCUGGAGCUCAUUCACGACUCGCAGCUCGAGCAGCGGAGACAACACACCGACCUGGAGACGAGGCUGGGUGCCAUUGAACAGUCUCAAGCUGAAACUGCCGAAAGGCUGGAGCAGUCACAAGCUGAAACAGUCAAAAGGCUGGAACAGUCACAAGCUGAGACUGUCAAAAGGUUGGAGCAGUCACAAGCUGAAACUGUCAGCCUCUUGGACAGCAUAGCUCAAGGACAAGCUGAAACUGCCAGACGGCUUGACCGCUUAGUUCAGUCACAACACGACCCUCCAGCCAGCGCUGAGGGCCUGACGCAGCUUCACUCCGAGGUCUCUAAUCAGUUCGACGCAGUUCAGGACACACUAGGUCAAAUCCACGGCCUGCAGCACUGGCGGAACGCGACGAGCAGCAGGCUCGCCAGCCUGAGCGAGUCACAGAGCGGCCUGUCGUCCGCCCUCGAUGCCCAGUUCGAUGCUGCUGAGGUGUCCCGCACAGCUCUCUCCGACCGGAUGGAGGCAGCGCUGCUCCGGUCAGCAGCUGCUAACAACAGCUCAGCAGCUGUCCACGACCAGCUGGCAGCCAUUCUGGCUGCCGUCGACCACAUACCUAGGAGAGUGCUGGGCCAGCAGUGUACCCAGAGGACGGACUGCUCCAGGCAGAUGCCCGAAGCGACGUGCGCCGGAGGCGUGUGUGUGUGCAGGGACGGCUACCGGCGGGUGUCCGAUUUCCGCUGUCGUCAGCACUCCCGCCUAACGGAACCUUGUCUGGAGCACGCCGACUGCCAGUCUUUGGCAUCCAACGCCUCUUGCACAAGCGGCAGGUGCGCCUGUGACAGCGGCUUCUGGAAUCACAACAACACGGAGUGCCGGCUAGCCGCUGCUUCUUCAGUUUCAGCAGUGAACAUGGAUGGCUCCUGCCUGGGUGACCAGGAUUGCGACUCGAAUUUACAUCUCGAGUGCACGUCAGGGACUUGUUCUUGCAUCACCAGAACAAUAGAUUCUUAUGAAUACCGGCUAGACGGAGGAUCUUCCUGUGCCGAAGGCAACGUCCAGCUGAGACAAGUUGGUGGCUCCUGGGGUCUCGUAUGUGACGACGGCUGGGGAAGCAGCGACGCUCUGGUCGUUUGUAAAUCGUUGGGCUUCAGAUCAGGAAUCGCAAAAAUUAAAUCCACGUUUGGUCGAGGAGCGAACUUCUUCAUGGAUGACGUUGAGUGUCGUGGUUCGGAAUCAGCUCUGAUAAACUGCAGCUACCUCGGCUGGAAAAGACACAACUGUGGAGCUGGAGAGGUUGCCGGUGUCCGCUGUACCACCUGAACGCUGUCUGUAUCUGUACAUCGCAUGCUAUGGCUGUCUGUUCUCUGUACCAUCUGAGCGCUGUCUGCUCUCUGUACCACCCGAGCGCUGUCUGUUCUCUGUACCACCCGAGUGGUGUAUGUAUGUUCUCUGUACCACCUUAGUGAUGUAUGUUCUCUGUACCACCUUAGUGAUGUAUGUUCUCUGUACCACCUUAGUGAUGUAUGUUCUAUCUCUGUACCACCUUAGUGAUGUAUGUUCUAUCUCUGUACCACCUUAGUGAUGUAUGUUCUCUGUACCACCUUAGUGAUGUAUGUUCUCUGUACCACCCGAGCGCUGUCUGUUCUAUGUACCAGUGUACCACCUCAUCGCUGUCUGUUCUCAGACACCUUAUCGUUGUCUGUUCUCAGACACCUUAUCGCUGUCUGUUCUUAGACACCUUAAUGCUGUCUGUUCUCUGUACCACCUGAGCGCUGUCUAUUCUCUGACACCUUAUCGCUGUCUGUUGUCCGUAAUCUGUACCACGUCCACCUGAGCGCAGCCUUCGACGACCUAUACAUUGUCUGCUAAACGGCCGGAAUACCAUUUUGUCAUUUGUCAAUUAUGUAUUGUGUGAUUGGCUUAUUGGUGUAGAUCUUGCUUCGUGAAUCUGAAAUAAAGAUCAUGUGUCGUUACAAACUGCCGCAGCUCUGUGUUUUCACUUAUCACGGAUGACGCAUAUCGCUAAUAUACCGUUGCAGACUCG